GAGUAAACGAAAGGUGUACCAGAGACAAAAAUAUGAAAAGCUGCGUAACGGCACACUAUUGGCUGCUUUUUUAGCAUAAACCACAUCAACCUGUGACACUCAAUUGUCGUCUUGGGUUUCUUCAUCUUCUUGCUCCCCUUUACAAGGCUGUGUUUGGGUAUGCAAAUUCUAGAUACAUCAACUAAAACAUGAAGGUUAAUUCAGAACUUAUUACUAUUGAAGAGACUGAAGAUCAAGGCAAGGAUAAUACAGUAAAGGAUAUCGAUAAUGAUAUCACGUCCAAUGUGCUGUCUCGAUUGCCCACAAAGACAUUGUUUGGCUUGAAACUUGUAUCAAAAGAAUGGCAUCAUCUUAUGUUAGACCGGUCCUUCAUCCGGUUGCAGUUGAAAAGUACAGAAGCAUUAUCUGGAUUCUUUUUCCAGGGGAAAUUUCAAUGGUGCGGUGAGGAUAUCCAAUCUGUUCACUAUAUUCCCGCCAAAGCAGAUGUAACUAAAUUGCACUCCACGGUGCUCAACUUCCUCCCUGAACCUGUUGUUGUUCACUCCUCAGUUCAUGGUCUAAUUUGUUGUCGAAGUUGUUUCCCUUCUCAAAACCCAAUCAUUUAUGUCUGCAACCCAGUAAACAAGGAGUGGGUUAGCCUGCCAUAUCCUGAAUCUGACUUUCAGGAUAGCUUAGCAUUGGGUUUUGACCCUUUUGUUGAUCCCAUAGAUGUUAAAACAAACUUUAAAGUAAUUAGAGUCUAUGAAGUCGAGGCUGAUAUGGAUAACAUGGAUGAUAUACGGUAUUCAUUUGAUAUAUACUCAUCACAGACAGGGACAUGGAGAAAAGCUGUGGAAAUUUGUCAGUGUAGUAGUCAUCUGUGUAAAAACAAAGGCCUUUUUGUCAAAGGGAUUUUUUACUGGCUUACAGGUGGUGACAAAAUCUUAAUGUUCGAUGUUAAAAAUGAGUUCUCUUUAUUGAUAACAGUACCACUUCCCUUGACACAGUUUAAUAGCAUCCCUGAAAUGUGUAUUGGAGAAUGUGAUGGUCGAUUACAUUAUGUCUUGAUAUCUGAACAUGGAUUGCAGUUAUGGGUUCUGGAGGAGCAAUAUACAUCUCAAUGGGAUCUAAAAUGUUCGAUAAGUCUGGACAAGUUUGAGGAAGAAAAUCGGGUGUUUGCCUAUAAUGUCCGUGAGAAAAUUACUGGACCCCCUGCUUCAAGUCCAUGGAUAGAUCCCUUGGUGUUUAAAGACGGGAUGUUACUUAUGAAAAUUACAACAGACAUCUUCCUGUUUGACUUCGAGGCAGUGAAGUUGAAAAGGCUGUGCAGUCUAUACCAGUUGGGACCGAACUCUUCGAACUCUUCAAUUGUGCUUCCAUAUACCAUGAGCUUGGUUCCGCUGGACUACCUUUGAAAUGCAAUCAUCUUCGGAGAUUCUCCUACAGAAGACUUUUUGAGUAUGAAUUUUAGAUAUAGAUCUCAUGGCUAGUUUCUUCCAGGUGACAUCAAUUCUAGUGUUCACUUCGUCAUUUUGAAAAGUUGAUGACUGAUUAAUAGCUCUACAAGUGUAUGCCUUUUGCUAGUUUGCGUACAUUGCACUCUUAAUUAUUAUAAAUUCACUGGUCACUGGAAUUGAGAAAAACUGAAUUUGUUAUAUGAUAAGUAUCUAUCUUCCAUUGUUUUGCUUU